CCAAACGUGAAAAUAACAACUCAAGCGAUCAAUAUUGUUCCAGACUUCUAACACUAGGGCCAUUCGUUCAUAUAUGAUAUACAUCACAGCCAGUCGAUGAAGGGCAAUAAACACAAGCCUCUGCUUUAUCAGUUUCAGCUUUGGUUCUGAGUUUUGACCAUCUCUCUCUACUUUGAAUCCUCCUGCUCUGUAAUGGAGCUCCCUCUCACACUCACUCCAAACCAUUCGGCAACGACAUCGUUUUCUGCAGCUCUCGCCCAUUGCUCAUCCAAGCUCUGGGAUUACCAACCCAGGAAGAAGAGGAUGUCCUUUGACGCGGCUAAGAUUUCUGUACGCUGUGUUAAGGCUUCUGCGGAGCAAAGUGGCGAGAGAAUCGAGGAGGGGGAGAACCGGGUCAGGUUUACAAACCCGGCUAUGGAGGUCACCACAUUGAAUCGAACGUUCAACGACGCAGAUUUCCCUGUUUGGGAAAAGAUUGGUGCUGUCGUCAGGCUCAGCUAUGGCAUCGGGAUAUAUGGGGCCAUGGCUGUUGCGGGGAGUUUUAUAUGUUCGAUCACCGGAAUCGAUUCCAUGGGGGGUUUCCAGCUAUCAAUAGAUGCCAUUUUGGAAGGACUCGGAUACGCAGCCCCUCCAAUUAUGGCCCUUUUAUUUAUUCUUGAUGAUGAAAUCGUGAAGCUAUCACCUCAUGCUCGUGCUAUUAGAGACGUGGAAGAUGAGGAACUAUGGAGCUUUUUUUAUGGGAUGUCCCCUUGGCAGUUUAUACUGAUGGUUGCUGCAAGUUCUGUGGGAGAGGAGCUCUUUUACCGGGCCGCUGUUCAGGGGGCAUUGGCUGAUAUAUUUCUACGGGGCAGUGAUCUGAUAGCUGAUGCCAGAGGAAUGGCAUCAUUGACAGGUGUGUUGCCACCUUUUGUUCCAUUUGCUCAGGCAUUUGCUGCUGUGCUUACUGCUGUCCUUACUGGUUCUCUUUAUUAUGUGGCUGCCUCUCCUAAAGAUCCCACUUACGUCGUGGCACCAGUAUUACAAUCUCGCUCGGGUCGUCAAGAUUUGAAAAAAUUGUUUGAAGCAUGGUAUGAGAAAAGGCAAAUGAAGAAAAUCUAUUCCCCACUUCUGGAAGGAUUGCUGGCUCUCUACCUAGGUUUCGAAUGGAUUCAGACAAAUAAUAUUCUGGCUCCCAUAAUCACGCACGGCAUAUACUCUGCUGUUAUACUGGGGCAUGGCCUUUGGAAGAUACAUUAUCACCGGCGGAGGCUGCGGCAAAGGAUCCAACAGCUCAAAUUAGAAGAAGAACAAAAUUCCAACUAAAUUUUGAAAUGCUCUGUGUUUGUCGUAUAACUGUAGAGUUGGGCUAAGAAAUGUAUAGUUUGUGUGAGAGUUGUAAUCAUGUAUAUAUAGGAAUGUAAGUGUACCAUGAAUAAUAGCCCAAGUCUUCAUACAUACUUUCUUCAGCACAAUUUUGUUUGUCUCUAACACAUUGUUGGCUAAAAUGAUUCUUUCUUUUUAAAA